UGUAUGUAGAAUUUCCGGUUAAAUUCCAAGGAGAAUGUAAACAACUUAGUUUGAACAUACAUCAUCUUAACUUCUUAUUUGCAAACAAGAAGAAUGUGCCAAAGCAUGCAACUAUACUUUGCUGUCCUUAGAAUAGGUCUUUACACUUUUUUCAGAAGAAUAUGUGGGAAGGCUCCUGCAGCCCCUAAACCAACCUUCUCUGUGUUAUGUCUGGGUUUAGCUAACUCAGGGAAGAGUACAAUACUCACCUUACUCAGUGGAGAAAAUGCUGAUGGUAUUAGGCCAACUGUAGGUUUCAGUAUCAAGGCUUUGAUGUUUGCUGACUGUUUUGUAGAUGUCAAAGAACUUGGAGGUAGUGACAAUGUAAGGAUGUACUGGAACAAAUAUUUUUGUGGAGCUCAGGCAGUUAUAUUUGUAAUAGAUAGUGCUGGUAGUAAAGAGAGUAUGCAAACUGCUAAUGCAGAACUACACAAAGCUUUAGCAGAUCCUGAGCUGGAUGGUCUCCCUUUGUUAGUGUUGGGCAAUCACCAAGAUAAAGAGGGGGCAAGAAGUAAAGAACAGAUAACCAAAGAACUGGAGCUUGGUUUACAAUCAACUGCUCGAAAGUGGAUAAUUCAUACUUGUUCAAUGAAAAAUAAAGAGGAAAUAAUGGCAGCUUUUCAAGAUUUCAACAAAUUACUUUUAGAAAUGAAAGAAAAAGAAGAAAGAGAAGAUAAGACAGAAGAACAAGAUGGAGAAUUCAGCAAGAUUUGAUUUGACACAAUCAUUUUUAUUUUUUUAUUCUGUAUUUUAUUGAACCUUUAUUUAUACACCUUAAUCAGAAUUAUGAUUUACAAUCAACAGUAAAAAACUAAUUGGGUUACCCACUUUUAAAGAAAUUUGUUAUUAAUAUUUAUAUAGUUCCUUUUAUUUGAAAAGAAAACACAUUUUGGCUUCACUUCAGUUUAUUUUGGUUAUACACAGACAGGUUCCACAACUCUUGUUUUCAAGGAAAUAAAAAUAAAACCCUGGCCUGCGAAAAGUGCUUAUAUAUUUUAAUAGAAUAAAUUAACAAGAGAGAAAGUUUAGGAUAUGAUAAAAUUGUUAUUGUAUUUUGUUUAUGAACACAGAUGAUUAUAAGGAAUAAUGAGUACACUGUUGCAUUUUUUCUUAGUUUUCCGUCCAAGUUUAUUUAUAUUUUUUAUAUCUCAGACAAUCAUAUCUCAUGCUGUACAUAACACAUUUCAAUACUAUUUAUUUCAAUAUUCCAUUCUUCAUUCAACAAACUUUAUUGUAACUUUUAAAGACCUAGUUUCAUUACAUUGCAUUCAGGGAGCUUCAGUUGGAAAAGGAUAUUACAAAACUGCUGUCUUAUUUUGAUCAUUGAAAAAUUACAUAACAUAGAUAUUUCAUCAGAUUCAAUUAUUUUAAUUGGUGGACAACAAUCAUGAGGAUUUCCGAAAUUAUGUUUAUUUUGUAAAAAUAAAAUAUCUGUGAAUAAAAUCAUUUACAAUAUUGAUAUGGAGAAAUGAAAUAAACAAAAAUUUAAUCCCUUUGUAAAAGCAUUGAUUGAGAGUGUCCUGUGCUUGAAUGCUGUAUUUUAUUCAGAUAUUAAAGUACUUAUAUAAAACAUUACAUUUUCAUUACAGUUAGUUUUCCACCCAUCAUGUUUACAUUUGCCUUAUACAGGAAUAUUGUUAUAAAAUAUUUUGUACCUUGGUAGCUGAUUAUUUAUAUAUAUAGUACAACUUAUCAAUACAAGUUUAAUGGUUGUCUUAAUUGUAUAUGAAAGAUUAGUUUUGUGUGACUUUAAAAAGUUAGUAACGUUACAAUUCCAAGGAACUUGUUUAAAAGUUUUUCUUUCAUAUCAAUAUAAAUGGAGAACGCUUUUAAAUAAUUUGUUGAAGAAUUUCUUUGUAGAAUGUCUUUAGCUUAUAAAAUAAAGUUACCUACACACAUUAUGUAAAAAAGGGUGAAUGAUGACUUGUUAUAAAAAGUGUGAACUAUUGAACUAAUUUUAGUCUUCUGACAUGUUGACAAAAGACCUUUAUUUAACAGAAGUUUCUGUAAUUAUGGCUUGCUUUUGUAGAAAAUCUUCAUAAUUACAAACAUAUUUGCAAAUAUUGAUAUGCGUAAAUGAUGAUCAUAUUCCAAAAAUAAAACAACUGAUAGAGUUGUAAUAAUUGAAAACCCUUCUAUCAUGAAGCAACCACAGAAGAAUGAUAGGGAGGACUGUCAUGGAAAAUUCUUAUAAUUUAUGGGUUACUGUUACAAUAUGGUUUUUGAUGCAGGAGAAAAAUGCUUGAAAGUAGAUCUGAAUUUUUUGUAUGUUGUGUUUUAAUUGAAUAUAUAAUAUAAUAGAGGUUAGAACUG